ACAUGUUCUAAGGGACGUGAGUGAUGUGCUGGCUUGCCAGUGUUUGGUUAAUGGUGGACUCGAUGUUCUUAAGGGUCUUUUUCAACCUAAAUGUUUUCAUGAUUCUACACAAUGCUGUUGUUUCGACCAAACUCUGUCUCUCAUCAGAGGAAUGACACUGCAGGAAGGCAGUGUGUCUGCCAGCUGAGGGAGGGAACAUCAGUGCUAGCUUCAGGCUGUUUCCCAUGGUGUCCCCUGGAGCCCAAGGGGGACCUGGAGGGAGCCCAGAGGGGCAAAGGCAGAGCCGCCUUGGGCUGGACCUCUGCUGCUGAGGUGGGCUGGGCUCCUGGGACACAGAUAGAUGCUGGCAAGCGGGCAGAGCUGCAGAGAGACAACUAUGCCCAGGAGCAGGACUGAGGCACUGCCUGCAGGCACCCAGGGGAAAACUGCGAGCCUCAGAGAGCUUAAAGGCACUUGGCAGUGGAGGAUGCUGAGAGCUCCCUGCAGGAGAAACCUUCCCAGCCCUGUGCACGUGCCCCAUGCCCAGAGGCAGCAGAUGUCCAACAGCAGCUCCAUCACCCAGUUCCUCCUCCUGCCGUUCGCACACACGCGGGACUUGCAACUCUGCCACUUCUGGCUCUUCCUGGGCAUCUCCCUGGCUGCGCUCCUGGGCAACGGCCUCAUCAUCACCAGCACAGCCUGCGACCAGCACCUCCACACCCCCAUGUACUUCUUCCUCCUCAACCUCUCCCUGCUGGACCUGGGCUGCAUCUCCACAACUGUCCCCAAAUCCAUGGCCAAUUCCUUCUGGGACACCAGGGUCAUCUCCUACACAGGUUGUGCUGCACAGCUCUUUUUCUUUCUCUUUUUUAUAUUAGCUGAGUUUUAUCUUCUCACUGCCAUGUCCUACGACCGCUACGUGGCCAUCUGCAAGCCCCUGCAUUAUGGGACCCUCCUGGGCAGCAGAGCUUGUGUCCACAUGGCAGCAGCUGCCUGGGGCGCUGGGUUUCUCAGUGCUCUGCUACACACAGCCAAUACAUUUUCACUACCCCUCUGCCGAGGUAAUGCUGUGGAGCAGUUCUUCUGUGAAAUCCCCCAGAUCCUCAAGCUCUCCUGCUCACAUUCCUACCUCAGGGAAGUUGGGCUGCUUGUGCUAAGUUGCUUUGUAGGGUUUGGAUGUUUUGUUUUCAUUGUGGGGUCCUAUGUGCAGAUCUUCAGGGCCGUGCUUAGGCUCCCCUCUGAGCAGGGACGCCAGAAAGCCUUUUCCACCUGUGUCCCUCACUUGGCUGUUCUCUUCCUUCUUGUCAGCACUGGUACCUUUGCCUACCUGAAGCCCCCCUCCAUCUCCUUCCCAUCUCUGGAUCUGGUGGUGUCAGUGCUGUACUCAGUGGUGCCUCCAGCAGUGAAUCCCCUCAUCUACAGCCUGAGGAACCAGGAGCUCAAGGAUGCUGUGAGGAAGCUGGUGACUGCAGGUGUUUCAGCAGCCAUACACUGCCUGCUUUACCCUGUAAAGGGCUUCCAUUUUAGGUCAUGAC